CAUCCAGUGCAAGAAGGCGGAAGGGGGAGAAGGAAGGCUGCCUGCCCCGCUCCGGUGGAAUGGGCUGGAAUGAGUGACAGCAGAGCUGCUGUCGCUCCCCCGGGAAGAAGGAAGUGAAACAAGCAGAGGGGUGGGAAGAGCCCCAGGAGGGGCAGGGAGGGAGCCCGCUUUAGGUGAGGUGCGAGGGAGCCGACCUCCGGAAUCCACAAGACACCUGGAUACGGGAACUCCCAUUCGGGCACCGCUAUACGUGCCAGGUCUACACUGCAAGAGAGACUACGGGCUAGGCCGAGUAAUCAGACCACCCUCCUGAAACCACCCCCUCCUUGUAAUUGUGCGCGUCCAAGUGGCAUUCGGUUCGUUUGUGCAUCUAGAGUGGCCCUGAGAGUCCUAGACUGGCUUAGUGGAACCAAAUUGAGCCCUUGCUAAUUUCACUUUGGUUGUGUACACCUGGCCACCUUCAGUUGCUCGUGACAAAGACGUGCUGGCAGCCGGCCUCACCCCGAGGGACAGGUGAGUCUUCUGACUCCCAGAGCAGUUGCCAUGAUAUAGCUAGGAAGCUGUGGUACUGAGAGCCAAGGAUAAAACUGGGACCCUAACACUCCCAGACUCCUGCCCUGACCAACAGGAAGAUUUGAGCUUAAGAGAAUUAAACCAGACCUUUAUCAUGAAGAAGACUUUGUUCAUAGAACCUGCCAUUUUCCUUAGUGCAUUUGCUUUGUCUUUGACUAGUCCACUGACAACACAAUACAUUUAUCGGAGGAUAUGGAAAGAAACAAGUAACUAUAGCUAUAUAGAUAAUAGCAAUGUCUCUGAAUGUGAAGCAAAUAAAAGCAAUCCAAUUUACGAAAUCCAAAAGGAAGUUCAAAAAAAAACCUCUCUUUUUAGUCUUCAGAUGGACUUAAGUGCAUUGAUUCCUGGAAUUGUAGUUACCUUCAUUCUUUUAUCCAGGAGCGAUCAAAAAGGACGAAAAGGGCCUCUGGUUUUGUCUUCUAUAAGUGCUCUUGCAAGCAACAUUUGGCUUUGUUUGCUCUCAUAUUUGGGCUUACCUAUCCAACUUCUGAUAGCAUCCACUUUAAUCAGUGCAUUUUGUGGCAAUUCAACAACCUUUCUGGGAGGAUGCUUUGCUUACAUAGUUGAUCAAUGUAAAGAAGAGAAACAGAAAACUAUACGGAUAGCCAUCGUUGACUUAAUACUUGGACUUGUUACUGGAUUAACAGGAUUGUCUUCUGGCUACUUCAUCAAAGAACUUGGCUUUGUGUGGUCAUAUUUUAUUACUUCAUUGGCUCUAACCGUUAACUUGAUAUAUAUUGUAUUUUUUCUUGAGGACUCAGUUAGUGUAUCUUCAUCUCAGGAUUCUUCCAUGUCAUGUAGUACAAACUUUAAAAAAUCAUUUUUGAGAGCUUAUAUGCUUUUUAAAAAUGUUACUAGCAAACAAAGGACUUUGCUCUGUUUGCUACUUUUUACGAUGAUUACUUAUUUCUUUGUAGUAAUUGGUUCAUCUCCUAUAUUUAUCCUUUAUGAACUGAAUUCGCCUCUCUGCUGGAAUGAAGUCUUCAUAGGAUAUGGUUCAUCCUUAGCAAGCAUAUCUUUCUUGACUAGUUUUCUAGGGAUAUGGAUUUUUUCUUACUGUCUUAAAGAUGUUUACAUCGUCUUCAUUGGAAUUUUUACCACAGCUGGAGGGAUGGCACUGACUGUAUUUGCCAGAACAACACUGAUGAUGUUGUUAGUCAGGAUCCCUUUCCUCUUCACCUUCAUGCCCUUGUCUGUUCUUCGGUCCAUGUUAUCAAAAGUGGUUCCCUCUACUGAACAAGGUACCUUGUUUGCUUGUAUUGCUUUCUUAGAGACGCUGGUUGGAGUUACUGCAAUUUCUGCCUUUAAUGGCAUUUAUUCAGCCACUGUUGCUUGGUUUUCGGGAUUCACUUUUAUGCUCUCAGCUGGCCUUUUAUUAAUCCCAAUUAUCAGUCUAUGUGUUAUAAUGUGUACUAGCUGGGAUGAAGAACACCAUGAGCUUCUUAUACAAGAAGAAUCUAGGGAAGACAGCGUAGUCAACUGAGCCAUUAUGAUGUUUUCCUUAUUCAUUAGCAUUGUCAUAUGCUCUACCUGUACGAUAAAUGAAGCGAUGGAGCACAUGGUUCUCUACCACACUGUUAACUAACUCACUGCUAACUAGAAAAUAAGCCCCUAUCAAUCAGGGAUCAUGUUUUCUUUUUGCACUAACUUUGGUAGGACGCUAUCUAUAUACAUUGAGCACUUAGUAUUGGAGUGAUGCUUAAAAUGACACGUUAAUACCAAUACAGAGAUGGAAUUUUUCAAUGAGCUAUUUCCUUUUUUUUCCUUUUCUUUUGAUGUCUAAAAAGGGAUGUAAAACACAACGGCCCAGGGAAGCUAGUGAAACCCCAGUCUGUGAACUCCAAUCCUGUGAUGUCAGUGUUUACCUCUCGAACAAAAUACAUGUCAUCUUUGUACCUUGGGCUUUUCAUCUAUGUAGCUUGUGAGGCAAUACUGAUCUGCCUGUCAGGGAUGUUUAGAUCAAUAACUAAUGGAAAUAAUAAAAUAAUAAAUAUAACAUAGCAGCACCUAGUACCUGGUAUGAUACAUUGCACUUAGUAAGUGCUUAACAAAUGUUUAUUGAAUUGUCUCUAUUGGCAGUUACCACAAUGUGGAAUAGAAUCACCCCUAAAAUUAGCUAUCAUUGUGUCAUGGCUAACUCAAAUUUGGUUAUGGCCAAAAUUAUGAACCUCCAAAAGGCAAGCCACCUGAGCACUAUGGUUUUGUUUUUUUUUUAAUUUUCUGGUUUCUGUUAAUCUUGAUAAUACUCCCAAUUGUGUAUAUGGAGAUGGUUUGAAAAUGGAAAUAUGGGCUUAUACAAUCAAUUUUUAAAAUCUUUUGAAAAAUUAAAUUGAAAAAUAUGAAGUA